AUGUCUCUUUCUAUUGAAGCACGCCUAAGCUUCAUCGAGGGCCUGGAUAUUCCUCCUUUCGAGACCUGUCUUGCAUGGAAGCUUGCUGCCGUCAAUGGUCGGUUGUUGCAGUCAUCCGUUGGAAAUUUAGACCCCGUCCAUAAGGAUGACGUCUUGAACUCCACCCUCCUUGCCCAACUAGCUGCUAACCAGGCUGGGGGAGACGACAAGGAUAAAUGGUACAAGAAAUUCAAGGAGGUCCUCGAAAACGUCGGAUGGGUUGUCCAGAGUUUCUCGUUCGCCGAAAUCGAUAAUGUCAAUACUUAUGGCUCAGUCGACAAGGUCGUGAUUGCCAUGUUGGAUCCUCGUCUCUCCCCUGAAGCCGGCAAAGUUGUGAAGGCCACCAUUGAUGCCAUGAGACGUCGGGUGAAUGCCAGCGCUAAUGCCAUCUUCCAGGAAAAUGCCUGGGAUGGGCAGACUGCUAACUUCCAGGUUAGCGUGGCCUCAGCAGCUGACGGCGAUAACGUCCAGCUGCAUAUUGGAUGCUUCGACUACACGGCUGAAGGCGUCGCCGGCAACGUACUCUUCUUCAAGUUUGGCCACCGUGCCGUGAAGUUCACGUAUGCCACACAGACCAUGGUGUUGAACGAGGAGAGGUAUAAGAUGGUCAGAGACAUGGUGAAGGAGAAACUCGGCACGGCUAUCGAGAGCUACAGGAAGGAUGUGGUCAUAAGAGUCUGA